AUGGAAGACCAACAAGCCCUUAACUAUUGGCGUGCGCUAGUGAAUUUCGCCAGUCGAGCCGGCGCCGAAGACACCGUCAAUGCAACACCGUCGACGAUCAGUCGAUUAUCAGAAGAGGACAUAAAAUGGCUACAAGGCGCGAUGUCAGAGUUUAUGAAAGACAACGACCCGAUAAGGAUUAUGAAGCAACAGUUGGAGAAGAUCGUUCAGGCACUUUCGGCUGAGUUGACUGAUAAAGCCGGAUCUGAGGUACUCACUGCGUUGCAAACGCUGAUCGAUCUUUGCUACGAGACCGACAUCGCGUCAGAUUUUUUAAAAAUUGGCGGCAUACGCAUCCUGCCUCCACUUCUGGCCUCUUCGCAGCUGGACGUGCAAGCAAAUGCCGCCGAACUGGUCGGGGUUCUUUGUCAGAAUCACCCGUACUGUCAGAAGGUUCUCUUGGAUCGGGACAUAUUGCCGUUACUUUUGGAGCUGCUCCUGCGAUGGCCGUCGGUAGCUGUGAAAGCUCUUUUCGCUGUUUCAUGCAUCGUUAGGGGGUUCAACGAAGGUGAAAAGCAGUUCAUAGAGCUGAACGGUUUCUACUAUUUGGUCAAGAUCUUGGCCUCUAACAACGAGCGACUGUUGACAAAGAGUUCGUUCCUGUUGUCCUGGUUGUUGCAGAAAAAUGAAUUCAAAGGCGAGUGCGUUUUAUGCCAGAUAAACCUGAAUUAUUAUUGCGGUGACUCCUAA